GCAUCGACAUCGCAAGCAAGUAAUGGCCGCUCUGACUUUGCCAAACGAGCUUCACACGGUGAAAUAACGAUGUUUUUAAAACAGUUUCGCGUAAAGUCGAACGUACGCAUGAAAAGUUCUGACCGGAAAAAGUUACGGGGCCUCAUCGAGACCAGAUACGUUCAUCUAUCACCUGAGGAGGUCUCUCUGCUGUGUCCUCUCAAAGAAGACAUCAUACAGCUCAAGCUCACGUGUCACGGCGGAGCCGCAGUAACAGCUUACCUGAUCGGCAACGAUCCGAUGCUGUUCGAGCUGAUAGGCGAACGUUUGUUUCCAACUGUGUACGCCCUGUGGCGUGUCCCAUCUCUUCUUCCGCACAUCACCACGUGGACGAACGUCUUCGAAAGACUCGCUGGAGGGGCUGACCUUAUGGCACCCGGGAUAGUCAGAAGCUGUCUCGACGGAGCAAAGACUGGGGACCCCGUCGCCAUACGGCUCACCAGCUCCGGCGACUCUGCCGUGGCCGUCGGAUCGCUGCUCGUGGAUCCCGUAGAUCUGCUUGGUCCGGACAGAAAGGGCAAAGCAGUGGCCGUAACUCACGUGUACGGAGACAUGCUUUGGGCUCACGGAUCCAAGACGACUCUGCCGAAGGCUACAGAAGCAGAAGACAGUGACGAAGGAGAGGAGGUUGAGGGAGAUGGAAGCAAGGAGGAAGGGGAGGGAGAGGACGAAGUUGCGGAACUUGAGAAGGAAACAACGGGAGAAGACGCGGCAGCGCAGCAGACAGAUGACGUAGUUGAGGAAGAAGACAUGGACGCGUUACUGGAAGCCUGCGUGAUGUCGGCGCUCAGUCGGAAACCAAAACUGCCAAUGUUAACGAGUACUUUCUACUCCGGCCACGUGCUGCCUUCAGUCCCACCUGGAAGGACCCUCGACAUUAAAAAAACAGCGCACAAGAAGCUGACCCCAUACCUUGCCCAACUGCAGAGGGAAGGACUUCUAGAAGUGAAAGAACUGAGCCCUGGGGUGCAGAGCAUUGUAUCUGUGAACGCUGGACACCCCUUGUUGAGGGGUGCCAACAUACUCCCCUUGGUAGUCAACGCCCCCGAAGAGACGGGGCCUCGGUACACAUUCCCUACGGUCAGGGAGAUGAGGACCGUGACGGCGGCCGUACUGCCCCUGUUUCGGGGGUACAGCAAAGGUCAUCCCUUGAGCAUCGAAGAAGUGCGUAACAUCGUGAAAAGUUACGUCAAAGCGAACGACGUACGGCUCACUGCUGACCGCAGAUCCGUCGUGCUCGACCCUGUGCUAACGGACGUGGCAACGACGCGCGACAAUCGACCCGAGACGCUCGCGUGGGAAGAGCUCUUCCAGAAGAUCCUCUCACGCAUGCAGUACGCUCACGAGAUUACGUUUCCUGGAGAGAAGCCACAGGUGCGCAAGGGGGCGUUGGAGCCCAUCACGGUGUCCGUCGCGCAAAGGACGGGGAACAAGAAGGUGACGCUGGUCGAGGGGCUCGAAACGUAUGGGAUUGAUCCGCAUCAACUUGCUCAUGAGGUGCAAGUGGGAGUAGCAGCCAGCACUGCUGUUAAUCCGGCGGCACGGGGUGGACAGCAGGUGCUAGUGCAAGGAAAUCAAGUGCUGUUUUUGGAGAGGCUUCUGACGGGGCCAGCGUACGGAGUUCAUCGCAAGUACAUCAAAGGACUCGAGAAUGCCCCAAAAAAGAAAAAGAAAUAGCGUUGCGAAAGGAUCUAAAAAAAGAAAAAAAGAAAAGAAAUGUAUUUAUUUUAGUC